AUGGAAGCUCAAGCGCAUGAAAAGCGACCACGAAGUUCUAGCGAUGCUUCAACAGGCAGUGGUUCUGGCCCCAUCCAGCAGCGACCCAGAACCGAGAGGCUUGAGCGCACACGUUCACCAACCGGAGCUCCGAUUCAGCAACCGAGUGUCAUACACCGUGUACGCUGCUUCCAUACCCGUGAGUAUCAUACAGAUCAUCCUUCUAUCGCAUGCUACCUCGAUAUACCAGCCAUGCCGGCAAACGCAAACCGAACAACUCCACUUUGUGGCCAGGAACCCUUGUUAGACUUGGAAACCUAUCUGGCAGGGCGGAUUGGCUUCAGCUUCGUGGUAUUCCAAGAGUACGACUGUGAGGCUUACCACAAGGAGAUCAAAAGCAUCUUCACACGACUUCCAAUGCCUUCCAUGCCUCAGCUCAUAAGCACUCAGUCCAAACCUUAUUUCCAGAUUCUCGAGUUUGGCGGACCACGAGCCAAAGCGACCUCCGAGCAGAUACAGCUCUCUGAAAGUCUUGAAAAAGCUUUGUGCGACCUACGCGACCUCAACACAAACUGGGUCAAAGAACGGGGUUUCGGGGAGGACCUUGUUUACCCAUACGCAAGAUUGUAUCAUUUCAAGCAUCUUUUUGUCGAACCUUUCACGCAAGCACCGGACCCGCAACAACAGAUAGGCCUGAAAGUGCUAUUCCAUUACCUAACCAAUCGCUUAACGUCCAUUUACGAGGAAUUAGCAGAACUUUCGGCCGCGAGAAUCGCAAGCCAAGAGCACUGGGCGAUGCUGUUUCAGCCAGAUGACAUAGUAAUUACGACCGAAAACGGCCACCUUCAGGCAUUCACGGUAACGUCCUGCCGUCUGCACAGCCAUAACACAUUGGUCAUAGAUUGCUGGUCAUGGGAGUAUGAUGGAAACUUUUUUCGAAAGCACACCACCCUUUCACAUGUGUGGCCCUCCAAGUCACAGCAGAUCGCCAUCACAGAGCUUCCGGUAUACCCCAUUCGCUACGCAGUAGAUGGAGUCGAGUCUGGACUACGAGAGCGGGGUUACACUUUCUGGAGCUGCCGGCGUCAAAAAUAUGUGAAUUACGAUGUGCCACUGCAAGGGCUCGGCUCGCAACUUGCUAAUCUGCGGUACAUGGUCGACACGGAAGCUUACAAGCUGAUGCACAGCCGUGACGACGACCCAAUAACCAAAAGCGAGCUCAGUGAUGCUGUAUUGGAGAGCGAUGUGCCCCCAGGUGGCCCUUUCACGCUUAUGCUGCCUGCGACUAUCAAGGGAUACGGGUUUCACAACAAAAAAUGGAAUGUUCUAAUGGUGGAUCACAUACGGGACAUCAAAUGGAAUAGUGGGGUCUUCGAACAACGACUGGUUUUACAGGAAGGCAAAAAGGAGCUAGUAAAAGCUUUAGUCACGGUACAUAUCGAAAAGAGCCGGGACAUCAAGAUGGAUUUCAUGGACGGAAAGGGUGAGGGCCUUAUCAUGUUACUACACGGCGGGCCAGGUACCGGCAAGACUCUUACAGCGGAGAGUAUCGCAGAACUCGUGGAACGCCCAUUGUACAGAGUGACUUGCGGUGACGUCGGAACAGAUGCGGAAAGCGUUGAGAAGUAUCUCGAAUCGGCUCUGUACAUUGGAAGUACCUGGGAUUGUGUGGUUCUACUGGAUGAAGCAGACGUCUUCCUCGAAGAGAGAACAAAAAUGGAUCUUCAGCGUAACGCGCUGGUUUCCGUGUUUUUGCGUGUCUUGGAAUACUAUGAUGGUAUAUUGAUCCUAACGACAAAUCGUAUCGGCACCUUCGACGAGGCUUUCAAGUCGCGUAUCCAGCUCGCGCUCCACUAUCCGCCGCUGAAUAGGGAUGGUCGCUGGGAAAUUUGGAGAAAUUUUGUUCAGUCAUUGUCGGAAGCUGGGGAAAACAUCAACACCGAAGAAAUCAGCAGGAAACUCGACAUCCUCGCACGACAUAAACUGAAUGGCCGGCAGAUCAGAAACACGAUCAGCACAGCUCGGCAGCUGGCACGGUACAAGAAGGAAACGUUACGCUACACGCAUGUAGACCAGGCAGUCAGAGUGGUUAAUGAGUUUGAGAAGUACGUUACAGACGUACACGGCCAUGAUGAUGAGGAAUAUGCGCAGGAUCAAGGCUUAAGGAACGAUCAAGCCUUGCGCGAUGGAGACUGA